CAGCCACGUACCUAUUUAAAACUCUGCGCAAGCCCCUUGGCGCCGAGUCGACAAUUAAUGAUCAGUGUUGCCUUGUCUUCCAACGCGACGCGAGCGUGAUCUGUGUUUACACGUUACCAGUGUUUGUUUAGUUACGACAGUUACGUGAAAAUGGCUGACAGUGGUCUUAAGAGGAAUAUCCCAAUCAAACUCGGAGAUUUUUCCGUAAUAGACACGGAGUUCUCUAGCAUUAGGGAGAGAUUUGACGCUGAAAUGCAUAAAAUGGAGGAAGAGAUGAGCAAAUUCCGAUCGGAACUUAUGAACAGGGAGAGCAACAACUUCUUCAAGAGCACCACAAGGUCUUACAAUUUCGAAUCUGUUUCCUCCGGUGGAGUAACGAAGUCUUCAGAGAGCUCUACCACAUCAACACAGCACAGUGACAGCAGACAGUUGGCCGAGCCCAGCCAUUGGGACAGCCUGAACUCUCCCCUCAUCCAAGACGAAGGUGAUGGCAAGAGCCUGAAACUCCGCUUUGACGUCAGCCAGUACACCCCCGAGGAGAUCGUCGUCAAGACUGUUGACAACAAAUUAUUGGUACACGCCAAACACGAAGAGAAAUCUGAAACCAAGUCAGUAUACCGGGAGUACAACAGAGAGUUCCUCCUCCCCAAAGGCACGAACCCAGAAGCAAUCAAGUCGUCACUGUCUCGCGACGGUGUCCUCACAGUGGAGGCCCCGUUACCACAACUGGCGAUCACCGACAGGAACAUCCCCAUCCAGAAACACUGAGAAUCUCAGCGGUCAAUUGACAGCAGCUAUUCCAUAAUUAUUUAUUAUUAGGUGUAUCGAGAUAUUUUGUGAAUCUCUAAUGUAUGUACUAAUUUUGUUUAUACGUACAUACUGUUAUGCUUGCUCUGUGAUUGAAUUUCACGCAAACGCAAAGAGCGGCUAACACGGAGCUUGGGUGUGUUCAUGGACCCUAAUUAUUAAUAGGAACUAAAUGCCUUUAUGCCUACUUACAAACUCCGUUCGCAUAGAAUUAAUUUAAUAGGCAGUGUACUGAAUCACAAUAAGCUUUUGCUGAAACACAUUUAUAUUUUAGUACAAAAUUGUUACAGAAAUUUUAGAUGUCAAUAAAAUAUU